UGGUAAAAUUUUAGAAGCACCCUUCUCAUAAGUCUAUCUCUGUCUCUACUCGAGUAAUGCAAAAGCAGCCUCUUCCAGAACAAGUUAUAGAAGAACCCAAAUGCUUCCUUUGAUCUUUUAUAGUAGACGCUUAAAUCCCAAUAAGAUUAUAAUCCCUUUGAUUAUUCAGUCUUUUUCAACAAAACCCACUUCCCAUCUUCUCUCCCAAUCUCCAAAACCCCAUCAAAACCCACAAGAUUUCGACCCAGGAACCAUAUUCGAAACCCUUUCAUGUUACAGUAAUGACUGGAAAUCGGCUCUUGAUUUCUUCAACUGGGUCGAAAAGGAAUGCAACUUUAAUCACACUACAGACACAUUCAAUCGCAUGAUUGAUAUUUUGGGUAAGUUUUUUGAGUUCGAUCUUUCGUGGGACUUAAUUGAAAGAAUGACAAAAGCACCAUGUUCAAUGCCUAAUCAUGCUACUUUUCGCAUUUUGUUUAAGCGUUAUGCAUCUGCUCAUCUUGUUAAUGAAGCUAAAUAUGCUUAUAAUGAAACAGAGAAAUUCAAUUUGAAAGAUGAAACAUCUUUUUGUAAUCUUAUUGAUGCUCUUUGUGAGCAUAAACAUGUUAUUGAAUCUCAAGAACUGUGCUUUGGAAACAAUAAUGGGAUAGAUAUAGUGAAUAAAACAAAAAUUUAUAAUAUGAUUUUACGCGGGUGGUUUAAGAUGGGGUGGUGGAGUAAGUGUAGGGAGUUUUGGGAGGAAAUGGAUCAGAAAGGAGUGCAUAAAGAUUUGCAUUCAUAUUCAAUUUAUAUGGAUAUAGUGUGUAAAGGUGGGAAGCCGUGGAAGGCAGUGAAAUUGUAUAAGGAGAUGAAAAGAAAAGGAAUGAAGUUAGAUGUUGUGUCGUAUAAUAUAGUUGUUCGUGCUGUUGGUUUAUCGGAAGGUGUGGAUUUUGCAAUGAGGGUGUAUCGGGAAAUGAAGGAGUUAGGUUGUAUGCCGAAUGUUGUGACUUACAACACAAUUAUAAAGCUUUUAUGUGAAACUGGGAGGGUGAAGGAAGCCUAUAAAAUGCUUGAUGACAUGCGUAAGAAGGGUAUUGUGGCUGAUGUGAUUACAUAUCAUUGUUUCUUUCGGUGUCUUGAGAAGCCUAAGGAGAUUCUGUGGUUGUUUGAUAGGAUGAUUGAGAGUGGGGUUCAGCCUAGGAUGGAUACUUAUGUGAUGCUUAUGAGGAAGUUUGGGAGAUGGGGGUUUCUUCGACCAGUACUUUUAGUCUGGAAGAAGAUGGAAGAACAAGGAUGUAGCCCGGAUGAAUUUGCAUACAAUGCACUGAUUGAUGCUUUAGUCCAAAAGGGUAUGUUGCACAUGGCUAGAAGGUACGAAGAGGAGAUGCUGGCAAAAGGGCUUUCAGCUAAGCCAAGGGCAGAGUUAAGCAAAAAGGUGGAUGAAGGAGAAUAAAUUUUGCAGAUAUAUAUGGAAUCAUCCUUGGCAGAAGAGCUUAAUAUAGCAGAGGUCUUACAAUGGAUUGCGCUGCUUGCAAUUGAAUUGCUAAAGCAAUUUCUAGGUAAAACCAAUUGCUGGACUCAUUUUCCUCUUAUGCUCUGAGAUUAUAUGCUGAAGAAAAGUGUGGUAGAGGGCUUUUGGAAAGGUCCCAGCUGGAGGCAGUUCACUUCCUGAUUCUGUUGGAGUUUUUGAGAUCAUGACACUAUCUCAAGGUCUAACUAAAUGUUCUUGCUUCCUUGUCAUAACAUUUCACUCGGGCCUGUUUUAGCCCUAGUAACAUAAGGCUGCAAUGGGCGUCCUUCCUUCAGUAGAGGCAGUGGCAUCCAGGGAAGUUCAGGGUUCUUACUGAUGGCCAGCUCCAAAUCCUACUUGGAGAAAUAUCACAUCUUUCUCAUUUGUAUAUUAGAAAUUAUAUCCGAGAAUUGGUCACUAGUGUCACCGGAAUCAACUGAAAUGAGUGCAGUGCUUAGGUGAAUAUAGCAAUCAGCAAAAGCUACCCCCUCAUUUUUGGUGGAAAUGUAUACAGUUCUUCAAGUUGUUGUAAAAUUAUUUAAUUCAUUAAAGCAAUCGAAUUUACUAAGUUUCUUGUU